GGUGCCGUACCAAUCCACAUAAAUUCAGAUUGAAAUUAAAAGGAAACUUCCUGUUUCCACAAAGAAAUUCCACUUCACUAAAAGCCCCCUGAAUUUGCAGAAUUGAUCUAUAUUCCAUCCAGUGGCUGGUGUCUUUGACAUGCCUUAUCAGCAACAACAGAUGAUGAAGCACGCAACGAGGCAAGCGCGUCCAUCCUGCAACCAGUGGACUUACCCGGUAACAGCAAAUACUAUUUUCUGAUUGGCUGAAGAUAGGCUGCUCAUUCAAGAGAGCUUUAUGAAUUUGACGACACAAAGAAAUCCGUUAGAACUCACUGAAAUGGGGGUGGAGACUUUAGAGGUGAAAGUAAAAGUAUCAGCUGAUUUGAGUCACAGUCUCUUCUGCCUUUGUUACGUGAGGAGGAUAAGACAUGGGAUCUUCAAAUUCUGUUUCACAAAGUGACAUAAACACAAAGUCACAAAGUCACAAAUUAAAGACCCUGAAUCCUGGAGACCUGAUCGAGAUCAAUCAUGGGACUUUUAACCACUGGGCCGUUUACAUCGGAAAUGAUGAAGUGGUUCAUCUUGUUUGGAAUUCAAGUGGAGAGGUGAGGCGUGACAAGCUCAGUGACGUGCGCAACGGUGACAACUACCGAGUCAACUAUUUUCUGGACAAGAAGUACAAGCCUCGCAACCCUGACGUCAUCGUGAAAGAGGCCAAGAGCAGGAUUGGACCGUCAAAGUACGAUGUCUUCACUUAUAACUGCGAGCACUUCGCGACAGAGAUGCGAUACGGCAAACCAGAGUCAAGACAGCACGACUCGACUCACCUCGACACGACAAGGCACGGUUAUUUUGCUUUUCCAUCAGUGAUAGUACCUGGUGCUUUUUGUAGUUCCUGCUCUUGAACUUGGAACUGAACUAGAUCAGUUAAAGAAAACUUCAAAAUCCUGAAAACACAAGUUAAUCUCCAACAUUAAGCAAAGGAAAUGUCUAAAAUGUCAAUAUUUAACAGAGGAGUCUGGUAUAUUUAGCGACCACGCUGCUGAAAGACGGCGAUCAUGAGCCACGAGCCAAAUCACAAACCCUGCCACUGUAUUCCAGUUCAGCCACUGUGUCACCGCUCAUGCAGGAAGUGCUGAAUGAUUCUGUGAACAAAUCCUUUUAAUCCACUGAUUCUAAUGAUUCAGUUACACCCAAAACAACUAAA